AUGGCUGCAAACAGAGGAGAUGCUGAUACAAUUGAUGUCGAACGGUUGGCAUCUUCGAUAAAAGUUUCGAUGUCCAAAUAUGAUUUGUUUGUGUCACCUAACCGCUCCAUCUUCAAAACUCCCAUCGCACUUAGCAGGCAUAAUAAAAAUGCUUAUAUUCCGAAUGCAUUUUCAAUUGGGCCUCUACACCAUGGCCGCCCAAAGUUGAAAACUGCAGAGACAAUUAAAGCUAAGUAUUUACAAGGCCUUAUCUCUCGAUCACCCGAUCCUAAUGCAAUGCUGAAAGAUUUAAUUAAUUCCGUCAAUGCCUUGGAGAGAGAGGCUCGUGAAUAUUAUGCUGAACUGAUUCGUUAUAGCAGGGAAGAAUUCUUGAAAAUUUUGGUAAUUGACGGUUGUUUUAUUAUUGAGCUAUUCUGCAGGUUUGUGUAUGAAGAUCUUAGAGCAGAAAAUGACCCCAUUUUUAGCAUGGCUGGUAUGGUUGAAGUUCUAGACCAUGACUUGAUAUUGCUAGAAAACCAAGUACCUUGGAUGGUACUUGAGCAUUUGUUCAGGAAGAUCAUGGUCCCUAAAAGUGAUACGGCCCUAAGUCAAUUUGCCAUUGCAUUCUUUCGUAACAUUUUGGCAUUCCCGCCGAUUGGCAGAUCUGAUCAUCUUCGAGACAUCAAACAUAUUCCUGACCUGUUCAAAAAAUGGCUGGUUUCAUCAAUUAAAGUAGACGAAGAAAAGAAAUUGCUAUCACAAUGGGAACUCGUAUCUUCUGCUACGCGUCUCGCAGAAGCUGGAAUCAAAUUCAGAAGAAGUAAGUCCAGUAAUAUUUUGGAAAUAAAAUUUGAAAAUGGUGUCCUCGAAAUUCCUCUAAUAAAAAUUCAUGAGCACACAGAAACAUUUUUUAGGAAUCUCAUCAGCUUUGAGCAAUGCUACCCCAACAGUGAUGCUAUAAUCACUUCCUAUGCUAUACUCUUGGACAACCUCAUUAACACUGCUAAGGACGUGGAGAUACUCUGUGAAAAUAAGAUCCUCAAUAAUUGGUUGAAUCCAGAGGAUGCGGUCAAAUUCUUCAACAAGCUUUACCAUGACACAUAUGUGGAUCACUACUAUUACAAAAACCUUUGCCAGGAAGUGAAUAGUUUUUGCCAGCGCAGGUGGCCUAGAUGGCGUGCAGUGCUUGUGCGCAAUUAUUUCAACACUCCAUGGGCUGUUCUUUCCACAUUGGCUGCUAUUACCCUGCUGAUUCUCUCCAUCUUACAAACUUUCUAUACCAUAAAAAGUUAGUGUUACAGUGUACUACCUCAUGAAACUUGUUAUGUA